AUGGCUCAUCGUCGACGUGUCUCUUCAACCCCAUCAGAAUCAGACUUUUCUCCAGCGUCGUCGCUUAGAACUUCCCCAUCGCAAAAACAAGAUAAUGAGGAGCCGAACGACCCAAACCACACCCAGGACCCAGCAGAGAUGCACCUCAGUGGAGUGCAACCAAUCAUCACUGCCAUUCGCGCAACUGAUCUUACUCUUGGCCUCCGAUGGAUCCCCGCUGGAUUCCAUGCAGUGAUCAAGGCCAAUGGCGUUGAAUACCAGACAAGCAAUAUAUCUGUAAAUGUAGACCAGGCUGUCAUCGAAUGGCGCGAGCGCAUUCCUCUGCCGCACGAGCCAUGUUCCAAAGUCCGGGUCAGCGUGUAUGCCUCAUUCGAAUUGGGUCCCAUGCUCUGUCACGGAGAGCUCCUCCGCACGUUCGAGAUCUCGGUCGGAGAAUUACUGGAUCGCAGCGAGAGAUCGCAUUGUCGGUAUCCCAUAAUAUUUCAGCCGAAGCAGCGGGAAGUCAUUUCUGCUUGUACUUCACUGUUCAUGAGAGUAGAGCAGCAACUUUCUGAUCCAAAUGAAGCCGCAUUUCUUUGCCUCCUUACUAAUCCUGCAUCCCCCGAUAUAAAGGCAUUAGCACUAAGGACGGAUGUCGGACAUCGUCUUCUCGCACGAUACCGCAGGAUGCAGAACGGUAGGGAUCUUGAACAAUCCAUAGAUCACUUUGAACUGGCCUUGCAUCUCUGCCCCAUGAAUCAUCCCUACCGCCCUGCAGUGCUGUUUAAUCUUGCCACCGCAAAGUUUGUUAGUUGCCAAGCUGAGGGAAGAUACCUCGACCUCGACGACCCUGUCUCCCUGUUUGAAGGCGCCCUCGACUUGCGCCCCACCGAUCAUCCGGACCGAACGGUCACACAGCUGUAUCUUGCCGUUACUCUGCUCUCGCGCUUCGCGAAACGGGGAUUUCAAACGGAUGCUGAUGCAGCCAAAGAGUUACUGAGCGAAAUCGUCAAUGUCUGCCACGCCAACAGCCACAUUCACAGAGCGGCUGCGAUUGCAAUGGAAACAUGCGCUCUACAUUCUGCUAGAAGCAUUAAUGCAAAUGAUCUCGAGCAGGAGUGGCACGCCCGAUCCAUGCUUCCGUUAUCGCCGAAUCAACUUACUGAUCAAACCCAGCGGUGUUUGGAGAGAGACGAACCUCGUGCCUUAGAUGAAGUGAUAUCCCUUCAUUAUGAUGCACUGGGAUACUACAACGCCGGGCAUGAUUGCCGAGGGCGAUUGCUGAAUAAUCUAGCUCUAAUACUACACACUCGCUUCGAGCGUCAAGGCAAUGACAAAGACUUGGAUCAAGCUAUUGCACUUCAGACGGAGGUACUGGCCUUGUGGCCGGUCGGUCACACAGAUCGGUUCAUGUCAUUAAACAACCUCGCGACUCAACUCUCUUCCCGCUUUGACCACCGAGGCAACGGCGAAGACUUAGAUCAGACUAUCGCACUUCACAGGGAAGCGCUAGCUUUGCGCCCGUCAUUACACAACCUCGCGACUCAACUCUCUUCCCGCUUUGACCACCGAGGCAAUGGCGAAGACUUGGAUGAGGCAUAUCGUACUGAACAGGGAAGCGCUGGCUUUAUGCCCGGAGGCGCUGGCUUUGUGCCGGUCGGUCACAGAAAUCGGUCCAAGUCAUUCAACAACCUCGCGAAUCAACUCUCCUCCCGCUUUCGCCACCGAGGCAACGGCGAAGACUUAGAUCAGGCUAUCGCACUUCAGAGGGAAGCAGUGGCUUUGUGCCCGGUCGGUCACACAGAUCGGUCUUCAUCAUUAGGCAACCUCGCGAAUCAACUCUCCUCCCGCUUUGACCACCAAGGCAACGGCGAAGACUUGGAUCAGGCAUUUGCACUUCAGAGGGAAGCGCUGGCUUUAUGCCCGGCAACGGCGAAGGACUUGGAUCAGGCUAUCGCACUUCAGAGGGAAGCACUGACUUUAUGCCCGGUCGGUCACACAGAUCGGUCCAUGUCAUUAUACAACCUCGCGAAUCGACUCUCCUCCCGCUUUGGCCACCGAGGCAAUGACGAAGACUUGAACGAGUCCCGAGAGAACCUACUCUGUGCAUUGACGUUGUUGACGCAGCAUAAUCCUCGUCAAUUGAUGGUCCACGAAUCUAUAGCUAACGUCUAUCUAUCAUUCCAUCAUUUAGAGCUUGACGGCACCGGCGCUGGCGAAAAUACAGAGAGCUUGCUCUCCCGCCUGCGGGCAAGUCUAACUUGGGUGCACUAUGCUCAUCAAUAUUCACAUGGUACUCAACUGGAGGCUUAUGCGACUUCUAUGCAACUACUGGACGCUUACAUGUCUAUGACAGCCUCCGUAUCAUCUCGUCAUGAUGCCAUGAAGGGAUUCCCAAGGACACUUGCCGUAGAUGCUGCAUCGUGUGCUCUUCGUAGUGGUGACGUGGGUCGCGCUGUUGAGUUGUUGGAACAAGGCAGGACCAUCAUUUGGACCCAGAUGACUCGACUCCACACGCCUCUUGACAGGCUCCAGACUUGCGGCGAUCAUGCAGUGACUCUGAUGAAGAAAUUCGCAGACCUCAGCUCCCUCCUCGAUAAACCUACUCCAAGCCAUCCAGAAGGGACCCAAAGAGUCGAUGUGGAAGCAGAAGCCACCCGAUACAGACGUCUAGUAGACGACUGGAAUAGUACUGUAGAAGAGAUCAGGAAGAUCAAGGACUUCUCUCGCUUCCUGCUUCCCCCUUUGUUCUCCGAUCUUCAAGAUGCAGCUCGUGAUGGGCCCAUCAUCAUGCUCAUCGCAAGUGAAUCGUCUUGCGAUGCCAUUAUUAUCCCUCACAAGCAACCUCCCACCAGCAUCCAACUCUCUACCGAUAUUCAGAAACUUGCCAAAUUGGUACUCACAUUCCGAGAGGCAGUUGACAAAGAGACCGGGCACCAACGAGCGCUGAUGAAAGCUUUGCACGAGUUGUGGAACGAUGUCGUCGGCCCAGUGGUUGAGAAAUUGGGCGGAUUGGUACGACUAGGUUCCCGAAUAUGGUGGUGCCCGACAUUCUUCUUCAAUUUCUUGCCGUUGCAUGCUGCUCGCGAGUACAGAAACGGGGGAAAGUCUCUUUCGCAGCUGUAUAUCUCUUCAUACACCCCAUCUCUCACCGCGCUGAUCAAUGCUCGCGCAAGUCGUGACAGACCCACGUCGGUGCCCUUCGUCGCCAUCGGUCAGAAUUGCCCAGCCGGUGCCUCUUUCACUUUGGAUGCUGUAGAGCCUGAGCUGGAAUUGGUGCGGAAACUUUUGCCUCCUCCCCCGACUGUCUCCUUCUCCAAGAUAACCAGCGUUGAUGCCACGAAAUCGAGAGCACUGUGCGCAUUGCGAGAAAAUACUUGGUUCCAUCUCGCGUGUCAUGGAACGCAGAAAUUUAACGAACCCUUCCAGUCAGCCUUUCUUAUGCGCGACCAGCCUCUUUCGCUCCUUGAUAUUGCACAAACGGAUCUGUCUCGGCAUCAUUUUGCCUUUCUUUCUGCCUGUGAAACCGCGGUCGGUGACGUCAGUACGCCCGACGAAGUGAUACACCUAGCGGCUGGCCUACAAUUUGCUGGGGUUAGAAGUGUCGUCGGGACGUUGUGGAAGGUUGACGAUCCUACUGUGCACCUCUUAGUCAAGGCAUUCUACGAAAAGUUUUGCGAGGGUGGCACAAUGAGUCCCAAACGAGCUGCCCAAGCGCUGCACCGAGCGGUCCAGUCGUUGGCUAGUGAUGUAGACAUACCCUUGGCCCAGCGCAUAGUGUUCGUGCAUAUUGGCAUAUGA